CGUUUUUAACACAACAUGCAUAUUAUUCAUAAAAUAUUGGGCUCUUUUUGGGCUCUUUUGGAGGGUGGGGUCCGCGGGUUUUGGGCUCUUUUUGGAGUAAAAGUGCGCGGGAAUACUGCCGCAGACCUGGCAACCCGGCGCAACUCAACAACACUGACCGAGAGAACACUAACACAACUUCCUGUCACUCUCUCUGGUCUACCGUGGCUCAGUGAAUCCAUGAAGGGUGAGAUGGACACUGAUUUGCCGGGUGAAGGGCGAGCGGCGAGUGUGGCGGUGGCGCAGGUGAUAAAGCCGGCCAGUCUGGGGUUCAUUGGGUGUGGCAACAUGGCCCAGGCGAUGCUGUCUGCCUUCCUUAAAAAAGGUUUGGUUGACCCUCACCUGACCAUCGCCAGUGCACCAUCCGAGCGUAACCUUAGCAAGGUGCGAGUGUUGGGGGUGAGGACCACACACGACAACAAUGAGGUGGCACGCAGCAGUGACCUGGUGUUCCUGUGUGUGAAACCCCACCUGCUGACCCCUGUGCUGGCUGACCUCCUGCCCCUCGAGAACAACCACAGCCCUCUCUUUAUCUCGGUGGUGACGGGCGUGUCUCUGUCUGACCUGGAGGAGAUGCUGAGCCGUGUGGUGGACAGCCCGCGUGUGGUGCGCUGCAUGCCCAACACCCCCUCUGCUGUGGGCCAGGGCUGCUGCUUAUACGCAAGAGGCAGCCAGACCACAGCAUCUGACACGGAGGCCACUAGUUCCCUGUUGAGUGCUGUGGGAGUGUCUGCUGAGAUCCCUGAGUACCAGAUGGAUGCUGCGUGUGGCCUGGCUGGGUCUGGGCCGGCCUAUAUCUACAUGGCCAUUGAGGCGCUGGCAGACGGUGGUGUGAAGAUGGGCCUCCCGCGACCACUGGCACAGACACUGGCAGCACAAACGGUGAAGGGAGCGGCCACCAUGGUGCUGGAGACAGGCAAACACCCCGGCCAGCUGAAGGACGAGGUGUGUUCCCCAGGUGGCACCACCAUUGCUGCCGUCCAUGCCCUAGAGAAGAAUGCUUUUAGGAAUUGCCUUAUGUCAGCUGUGGAGGCAUCAACACAAAGAUCUAAGGAGCUUGGGACCAAGAAGUAAUGGAGCUGCCUUGUUGUACUGACUCACUGCAGCUCCUCCUCCUCCUCCUCUCCCAUGACACCACUAGCCUUACACUGACCUUUGUUACAAUUUAUCUUUUAUUUUCUCUUCUUAUUUUACUCUGGUCUGGAUUUUAUGUUUAUUGAGGGAUUUGUUCUAGGCAUAUGUGUUAGAUGAGAGUGUGUGUGUGUGUGUGUGAGGGAAAAUAAUUUGGUUCAUAUUGUAACUAUAGAAGCUGUUUGACCUUCAUACUCACCCAAGUGUCUCCCAGCUAACACAAACACAUAAUCACAGAAAGCAUCAGUUAAUAUAAUUAUGAAUGACUGAUAACAUUUUGUGUGUGUGUGUGUGUGUGUGUGUGUGUGUGUGUGUGUACAAGGCAAGAUAUUCCACACCAAUGCUUGGCUAUGUUUUGGUAGAUAGAGGCAGCUUGUUUGUGGUUAUCCCUGGUUCCAUGCUUCUAAGUUCUCAGGUUAGCGAGGCUGUCAACAGGCAAGCAGUAGAGUGGUGAAGUUACAUCUUACUAUGACUUGUAGUGGUGGCUGACAGCUGAUAACUGAUAACUGCUACAUGAGAAAAGCAGAUUUGUGUCUUCGUGGCAUCCCAACUUGCCACUAAAGAAACAAAAGCAUUCCCUAUUCUACUCACUUCUAUCUCUAUUUUAUUUAAUUUGAUAACUAAUAGUGUGUACUAAAUUAACCUUCAUUGCCAUUUCAUUUAUCUUUACAAUUGACAUACAAGUCACAGCACAGACUGGUAAUGCUUUGGUGUUAGGGGCAUUACAGGUGCUAAUUUUCUCAUGAACAUUGGCAGUGAUGUUACCUACGUUACAGUCAUUAUUUUAUGUUUAAAUUUGCUGGAUUAAGUAUUUUUUUAUUUAAUUUUGCUGGAUUUUUUUUUUAUUUAUUUAUUUUUUUUUUAUUUAACAUUGCUUUAGGAUUUUUCUUUAUUUAACUUUGCUGGAUUAAUAUUUUUGUUCAUCUAACUUUGCUGGAUUUCCUGUGUACUUUUUUUUUUUUUUGGCCAUACUUUGGGAAAUUGUGUGUGUGUGUGUGUAUUCACCUAGUUGUAUUCACCUAGUUGUAAUUUUUACAGGGCCUGGAUAUUAUACUCGUGUGGCCCC